UCGAUCAAACAACUACGCGCCCCUUCGCUUCGAACCAUGCUUCUGAAAUCAUCUCUGAACAAGUCUUACUCCCUGCAAUGACCACCAGUCUAACGUCGGAAAAACUCCUCCACGCGGACGCCCACUUCCGGGUGUACCUCACCAAGCAGACCACGUCCACCAUCGGCUUCCGGUGGGACUUUGCGGAACCGCUGGCGGAACCGUUCGACCUCUUUAAAGUGGAAAAGUGCUACAGCUGCAAGCGAAACCUGUGGGACGUGGUCCACUGGGGAACGGGCUGGUCUGUGGUGGUCCGCAGCCUCGAGCAGAACCUGUGCUACUCGUUUCGGAUCAACGUGCUGCGGCAGAACGAGGAGGACGGACGGUUCCUGUACCUGAGAAAGUCCGAUGUGUUCAAGUCGUUUACGCUGCCCGAUGUUCCGUCAACGUUGUCCGUCUUUCGUGCGGUACGCAAGAGUCAACCGGCACUGAUCAGAAAGCUGUUGAGCAUCAAGCCAGCCUUAGUCAACGUACCAGUUCAUGGAGAAACCCUACUGUAUCAGGCAGUGAGGAACGGCAACCUGGAGGUCAUCGACCUGUUGCUGGAGUUUGGCGCUGACGUCAAUCUUGGAAUGCCGUGCAACGCGGAGACGCCACUUCACCUAGCGGUCUACAACAAGAACAUCAAGAUCGCGCGCCACCUGAUCGAGCACGGCGCGGACAUGGGGGCGGCCAACUGCGUCGGGAUGACCGCCGGCCACUACGCGAUCGACACCAACGAUCUGCACACGGUCAAGUAUGUGCUCGGGAACGGGGGAAGCCUGGAGGCGCGGGACCGCUGCAGCUGGACGUUGAUCUUCCGGGCGAUCUACAUGCACGUGAGCACCGAAAUCGUGAAGCACCUGAUGGAGCGCAAGUGUCGGCUGAAGGUGCGCGACCGAAACCGGCUGAUGCCGCUGGAUUACGCGCGGUUGACGCAACAGGAGGAGGUCAUACGGUUGAUCCGGAGGAGGUUGAAGAUUUAAGCGAUGGGAAACUUUUUUUUUAUUCGUACAACAU